CUUGCAUGAAGUCUCGAUCGGUUUUGAAUGCUGAAUGGGCCAGUUCGCGUUUUUGUAACUGCACGUUACUUACUCGAGAUGACCAUUUAGCCAAACGCGCUUUUAAAUCGGUGCGUUUAACAAUGAAUAAAAUAUCCAGUCCGAGAGAAGUGUUAUGUAACAGCAGUGGGGAUGACUAGGCAAUUUUCGUUUCCAUUCACUAAUAAGAGCUUUUUAAACGCUUUAUGAGCGCGGAUGAAGGCUUUACGCAAACAACAUAAUGGGGAGAAGUAGUGAGAGAACGUACUGUUUUGCAUUCUUCGUGUACAAUCCUUAAACGACUUUGUGCGGCAUUAAUCAUAGGUGUAGGUCGUUUGAAGUCUAUGACUGCUAUAAAAAUGCAAUGCGUGUAUGUUAAUUGUCGAUAAAGUAAUGUCUUGGUUGUAAGAAACGUGUUAUUCGGUUUGAAGCGUUUUAAGUUUAAACUACAGUACUAUGUAAACUCCUUUUUCCAUGGGGCGAAAGCAUGAGGAAACACAUUGUUUUAGAAAAGCUUUCCUUCUGGUAACAUAUCUUUUUAAAAUACACGUAAGGAGCAAAAUGCGGUUUAAUUAAAACUGAUAAAUGAAAUGUGUAUAUAUUGAAGUCAGCAAAGCAGGGAUUCGUGUUCGUUGCGUAAUCUUUACUUGUGGGGCUGCCAGUUCUAUGUACUAUUUGGGAAAUAGCGUGCUGGAGUCGCGUACCUGUCUAACAAUGUUCUGUAAAAGGCUUAUUUUGACGGGCGUUCGAUAGCUGAAGAGGCAAUGGUAUUACACUUAAAAAAAUCAAUAGCCUCUGCUGCCUUUUAAGAACGUCGGAGCUUUCCAGUCAAUCAGUGAUUAACUACUGGGGCCAUUGUUUCUCUUCAUUUGAUGAUGGCCAACGAAGCCCGACCCUGCCCCUGUGACCUUGGAGACAAGCUGGAAUACGGGGGUCAGGGGGAGGAGGUCCAGGUCGAGCACCUCAGAGCCUACGUCUCCAAGCCCGGCUCCAGCACGGACAAGGCCGUCAUCGUCAUCCAGGACAUUUAUGGGUGGCAGCUUCCGAACACCAGAUACAUGGCCGACAUGCUUGCCUCUAGUGGAUACAUAGCCAUCUGCCCAGAUUUCUUCGUGGGCAAGGAGCCCUGGGACCCCUCCAAGGACUGGUCAACCUUUCAAGAGUGGCUUCAGGACAGGAGUGCAACCAAUAUAAAUAGGGAGGCCGACGCGGUGCUCGGGUUCCUGAAGGAGCGCUGUGGCGCCCGGAGGAUUGCAGUGGUGGGGUUCUGCUGGGGUGGAAUUGCCACACACCACCUGAUUCUCCACUACCCGGAGCUGAAAGCCGGCGUUUCUGUUUACGGAAUAAUCCGGGACUCUGAAGACCGAUACAGUUUACGCAGCCCCACGCUUUUUCUCUUUGCUGAAAAUGACCAGGUUAUUCCACUCGACCAGGUGAGCACCCUGGAGAAGAAGCUGCAGGAACACUGCACGGUUGACUUCAAAGUCAAGGUGUUCGCAGGCCAGACCCAUGGGUUUGUGCACCGCAAGAGGGAGGACAUAAACCCCAACGACAGACCCUUCAUAGAAGAGGCCCGCAGGGAUAUGCUGAAUUGGCUCAAUAAGUACAUCUGAAACAGCCAUGUCAGAAUACAUUCAGCCGAUAAGAGACCGAGGGGCUGAAAAUGGAAAGCUUUGUUAGAAAAUGGAAAGCUUUGUUACAGUGUAACUUGAAAAUUCAGUAAUAUCUUGCCAAUAAUGAAUCACAUUCAAUAUUUUGUAGGGGGACAGAAGAUGUAACUCUUUGUACUGAAUGCUACAUUCACACAUUAUCAUGAGACCGUCUUACUACAAAACUAAAAACGUGAGCCAUUUUUUUUU